UUGGCUGGCUGACGGCAUCCGUCGGGACUCGGCUGCUCGGAGCUCCGCAGCGGCCACUCUAGCGCUGUCCCGUGGCUUGGCCUCGCUCUUGCGCCUGCAAGCUCUCUCUCUCGCUAGCAACAUGUGGCGCCUCCCGGGACUGCUGGGCCGAGCUCUUCCCCGUCUGCUGGGACCCAGCCUCCGGGGGGUGACCACCAAGUCCACCAGUCCGGAUGGGCCUCAGGCUACCUCCUCCACCCUGCUGGUCCCUGUUCCCAACCUUGACAGGUCCGGCCCCCAGGGCCCAGGCAGGAGCAGUGGUCCAAGGUCCCAUGGAUGGAAAGAUGCCUUCCAAUGGAAGUCUGCCCAUGUCUCCCCAAACACCCUGUGGGAUGCCGUAUCAUGGGGCACUCUGGCUGUGCUGGCCCUGCAGCUGGCAAGGCAGAUCCACUUCCAGGCAUCCCUGCCAGCAGGACCUCAGCGAGUGGAACACUGCUCUUGGCACAGUCCCCUGGACCGUUUCCUGUCAUUUCCCUUGUGGCACCCGCGCUCCUCACUGCGGCGACACAUCCUCCCCAGCCCUGACGGCCCAGCUCCCAGGCACACUGGCCACGGGGAACCGAGGCUGCGCCAGGAAGAACCCUCAGCUCAGCCCAUGAGCUUCUCCUCACAUAGCUCCUUGAGAGCCGCCGGUCCUCAGGACCCCUGUGAGGAAGAUCCCAGUGAUUUGGGCUUCUUGCACACCAGCAGUAGCUUCGAGUCCAAGGCAAAACCGGUCCAGCCUCAGCCCACUAGUGGAAAGAAGGAACAAGAUACAUCAAAAACUCUUUCCCUGGAGGAGGCUGUGACUUCCAUUCAGCAGCUCUUCCAGCUCAGCGUUUCCAUCGCUUUCAACUUCCUGGGGACAGAAAACAUGAGGAAUGGGGACUACACGGCAGGCUUUUCUUACUUCCAGAAAGCUGCAGACCGGGGCUACAGCAAAGCACAGUACAACACGGGUUUGUGUCAUGAGCAUGGCAGAGGCACCCCCAGGGACAUUAGCAAGGCGGUCCUUUAUUACCAGUUGGCUGCCAGCCAGGGCCACGGGCUGGCUCAGUACCGCUGUGCCAGGUGCCUGCUGCGAGACCCAGCCUCCUCGUGGGGCCCUGAGCAGCAGAGGGCAGUGUCCAUGCUGAGGCAGGCCGCAGACUCGGGCUUGACAGAGGCCCAGGCUUUCCUCGGAGUGCUUUUCACCAAGGAGCCGUGCCUGGACGAGCAGAGAGCUGUGAAGUAUCUUUGGCUUGCAGCCAGCAAUGGGGACUCCCAGAGCAGGUACCACUUGGGAAUUUGCUACGAGAAAGGCCUCGGUGUGCAGAGGAAUCUGAGAGAGGCCCUGCGGUGUUACCAGCAGGCGGCAGCUCUGGGAAAUGAGCCCGCCCAGGAGAGGGUUCGGGCUCUCUUUUCCACGGAGGCCGCAGCCCCGGGGUCCAGCGACCUGGCAGCUAAAGGACUGAAGUCUUUCUCCAGCCCCUCCCUCUGCAGCCUGAAUACCCUGCUGUCAGGAACCUCCCGCCUCCCGCACGCCUCAAGCACAGGGAACCUUGGCCUCCUCUGCAGAAGUGGGCAUCUCAGCGCCAGCCCCGGAGUCCCCAUCAGGGCUUUGCCCACACACCCCUACCCCUUGGAAAGGAGUCUCGUAAGACUGGGUUUUGGCUAAGCCUCGCAGAUGAGCCUCAGAUGCCUUCAUGGUCAUUUCUGAUCUGGGCACCAAAAGGAUUCAUCCGAUGACCUGAGAAAAACUCUACGGAGGAGUCUAGAGACACUCGUCCUCACCUUAGCCUUUGUCUUUGAGCAAAUCCUUUACCUUCGCCCUCCCUGUGCCUCGGUUUCCUCACACUGAAGCUAUACCAUUGUUUGCCAGUGUCUGAUGUGUAUACCUGUCUGAUGGUUCACAAGAGGAUUUUAGGUGGUAUUC